AUGCCAACCUACAUCCACUUCGUCCGCCACGCGCAAGGCCUCCACAACCUCACAGCCGCCAACCACGUCCUGCCCGACCCAGACCUCACCCCUCUCGGCCGCGAGCAAUGCGCCGCCCUCGCCGCCUCCUUCCCGCACCAGCACCUCAUCACCCACCUCGUCGCAUCCCCGCUACGCCGCACCCUGUACACCUGUCUCCUCUCCUUUGAACCGGCCCUCGCCCGCCUGCCGGCGGAUACGACCAAGGUUGUGGCGGUUCCGGAACUGCAGGAGAUUUCGCCGUGGGCGUGUGAUACGGGGUCGGAUCGGGGGGUGUUGGAGGGGGAGUUUGGGCCGACUGCGAAGGCGGCGGGGGAGGGACAGGAGAGGGCGAAACAGGUGGAUUUGGGGCUGGUGGUGGACGGGUGGAAUGAGAAGUUGAGCCUGGACAGUCCGUGGGCACCGGUGAUGGAGCGGUUGGAGGCGCGGGCAAGGACGGCGAGGGUGUGGUUGAGGGAGCUGGGGAGGGAGUUUGAGAAGAAGAACCCGGGGGUGGAUGCGCAUGUGGCGGUUGUUACGCAUGGGGGGAUUCUGCACUUUUUGACGCAGGAUUAUGAUGGGAUGGAUCCGCAGACGGGGACGGGGUGGACGAACACCGAGUGGCGGACCUACCAGUUCGCUAACCCCGAUGAGACCGACGACAACGGCGAGGCCAAGCUUAAGGAGACGGCCGACAGCUGGAGCAGGAGACGGGGCAGCACGACUGCUCUGACUGAGACGGAGCAGCUCGAGCUGCGGGUGGUGGUCAAGUACCACUUGGUCAAGGAAUGGGGGGAGAAUGGCGAGAAGGCGACGCUGACGAAGUAG